AUGGAGUCAUUUCAUACGGAUCUUGAACUUGGAGAGAGCUUUACCUUUGAUUUUGAUGCUGGAAGUGUAGAUGAAGAGAAUUCUGAUAUAGCUACUUAUUGGAAAUAUUUCAAGUAUUAUCAUACUAGAAGUGAUAUGGCAUUCAGAAUCAGCCUGAAAGGACUCACAUCAGAAUCUGAUGGAGAUAUUUUCGUGUCCACUAAAGAGAAGAAGCCAACAAGAAUUAAGUCUAAAUGGAAAAAUACAACUUUUGGAGAUAAGAGUUUGGAAAUUCAUACUAGUCAUGACAGCUAUGAACAAGGUACUUACUAUAUAGCUGUUUGUGGGAAAAAUAGUAUGACAAGACAGCUUGAAAUAAUUUUGGAAUUGAUCAACUCUAUCGAGAAUGUUCCAAUAAAAGAUGGCCUAGUUCAAUCUUUAUUAGGCACAGGAGAGGAAGCAAUGGUCCAUCAUUGCUUUAAAGUCAGAAAGGCAGAAAAUCUUAAGUUAGAAAUUCAUAUCUCACCUGGAUUUCCAAAAGUUGUUGCGUAUCUCUCUUCCGAAGCUCCUCAGCUACCUGCCAGAGAGUGAGAUUGGGUAGUUGGUUUAUUCCAGAACGAUGAGGUGACUAAAAAUAUGCAAAGGAGUUCUUUCACCUGAAAUCCUUUCUAUAUUGACUAUGAGUCGAAGAAAAUACAAUACGACCCUACUUUGGAGUCUGUCAGCACUGAAUUUGGAGAUCUUUCUACAAUGGAUCUGGUUAGAAUAAAACAUCGCUCUAUUUUAAAAUUAAAAUUAUUCGAUGAAUAUGAAGAGAAGAAGAAAAACGAAGAUAGAAUCCUUAUUUCUGACCGGAAAUACACAAAUUUCCAAGUCUCUGAUGAAGUCAUUGAGGCUAGCAUGGAUAAGGUAAUUGAAGAACUAAAGGAGGACUUGAUCGACCUUAACCAGGAUUCUGACAUGACUCCUCAGCGUCCAUACAUCAUUUGCUUGGAUGCUGAAGCUUUUAAAUUUUCACAAGGGAUUUGUUACUUAGCCUUAGAAAAUCUUUCAGGAGAGGAGAUCUCCUAUAAAAUAAAAAUAUUGGAGAAGCAUGAGUUCGAUAUAUGUGAUAAGCAUACACAGAAGAUCAAUAGAGUCUACAGUAGAGUGUUCUCUCAUAUCGAUCCAUCUCAGAUCUCACACCAGGAGCGAGACAGGCUGGACUUGUGUAAUCUGAGUCAAUAUACCUACGGAGAGGUCAAGUUUAGAUAUUUUUACCCAAUCUUAACAUUUGUUAAGCCUCAAGAAGGCGAAAUAUUCUGGGAUAUCGGCUGUGGGGCAUGUAAACCAAUGAUAAUCGCAGCAAUAGGAUUCCCUCAGCUCAAAGCAGUCAAAGGUGUUGAGUUUGUCGAUGGUCUUUAUGAGCUAGGCAAGCAAAAUAUUGAAGAACUUCACAAAGAAGUUGAUGAAAUUGGAGAUCUGGAUUAUUGUAAAAAUAUUGAAAUUCAGCAUGGAGACCUACUACAAACGGACUGGAGUGAGGCAGAUAUUCUUUAUAUCUCCUCUGUAUGCUUUAAUGAAGAAAUGCUCAAGAAAAUCAAUGAGAUGUCCAAUGAUUGCAAGGUGGGGACUAGGAUGAUCACUUUGAAAAAACUGCCUAAAAACCCAAACUGGAAGGACCUCCACACAUUUAAAGCUAAGAUGUCAUGGGGGCCAACUGAAGUCUUUAUCUCACAUAAAAUCACGUAGACUAAUUUAAAUCUAAAAAAAUCUAAAGUUUGUUAUUAGUCGAU